AUGUUUUAUUCGUUGUUUCUUGUUUGUUUACUAAUCAGUAUUGCGUAUACAGAUAAUAAUCAAUGUUCAAAGUUAAAUAGUAAAUUAAAUAGAUAUGGAGUUCAUGUGAACAUAUAUGAAGAAGAUUUUAUUGGUUUGAGAUUAUGCCAAAAUUCAAUAAAUAAUUAUUGUUGUCCUCAAAGUUAUGAAAAUAAAAUACAAAAUGCAACAACUAUCGAACUUUAUCAAUCAUUUGAAUUCUAUUCAAUUAAUUUAUAUGAAUCAUUACGAAGAAUCACUGUUCAAUUAAAUGAGACAAUCGUAAAAUUAAUUGAAUCAUCUCGAAAUGAAACACAUUUUAUUUUACAACAUAAUUAUAAAACAUUUUACAGUUUCUAUCGUUCAUCGAUUGAUUUAUUUUUUAAUAAUUUUUUAAUCAUAACAUAUAAAACUUAUCCAUACGAUAUUAAAAAUAAUAUUGAAGAACUAUUUCGUAACAUUCUACGUAUAACAAUAACAGUAAAUAAUGGUAAUAAACCCAUAUUACCAUCGUAUUUAUUAUGUCUAUGGAGAAAUCAACCAUUUGGUAAUCGACAACAUUUAAUCAUUAAUCAAUUAGAAAUUCAUUUAGGAAAAUUAUUUCAUUUAAAUGAACUAUUAAAAUUAAGUAAUGAACUUGUUCAAACGAUGUCAAUGGAUAUUACAACAGAUAAUCAUUGCAUCGAUUCUUAUAUUCAACUUGCGUAUUGUAAUUUAUGUUCUGGACGAAAAGAAUUACCUUGCUUAUCAAACUGUAUUAAUGUGAUUGAGAGUUGCCUUAUAAAUGUUUCGCUUAUAAAUGAUGUAUGGAUUAAUUUUAUUGAUUCUAUUGAGAAUAAUGCAUAUUUUUAUGGGAUUGAAAAUGUUUUAUCAUCGAUCGGCAUAUCCAUCUCGGAUGCUCUUAUAACUCUCUUUAAUUCCGAUGGAAUAGAAAAUAAGGAUAUUAUUAAUGAAUGUGGAUAUGUACAUAUAAGAAGAGAGAUAAUUGAUAAUGAUCAACUAUUUCAUAAACAAUAUAAUAGUGAUGCAGUACAUCUACUUGAUCAACAACUCAAAUCUAUGAGACAGUCAUUACAAUCGUAUAGAUCAUUUUGGCUAACAUUAUCUGAACAAAUAUGUAAAUCUAAUGAUCUGUCUACUUCAAACAACAAAAUAUGUUGGACAGGAACAGCUAUUUCAGUCGAUGACAAGCAAUCUAUUCGAAUUAGUUAUGAUAAACCAUUGAGUUUACGUUUACAAAGAAUAUUAAAGGAAAUGAAAGAAAAAUCACACGUAAUUGGGCAACAACGAAUAACAUCAGGAAUAAGUAUUUCAACAACGACUAAAAGUUCUUCAUUAGUCGAUGAAUUAAAAUUAAAUUUAACUGUGGAUUUUGAUGAUUAUCCUGAUGAUAAUGAAUUUGAUUAUUCUGAUUAUGCAUAUGACGAUUCAGCAGAUGAAUCUGCUUCAACAAUAAAAGUUACAAGUACGACUACGUUACCAUCAUCAACUACUUCAAUUAAUGAUGAUAUAUUAGUUGAUGAUCCAAAUACUGUUUCCUAUUAUGAUUAUGGCGAGCAAGAUUUAUACAGUGAAGAUGAAUUAAAUGAAAUAUCAACACAAAAAUUAUUUUCUUCAUCUGCCAUAUCAUCGACAACAACAACAACCACAACAACAACCACAACUAAAGUUCAAAUUCCAUCAUAUCAUCAGCGACGUCCAAUUAUCUGGAACAUUCACACUGAUGAUGAAUUUUAUCGAAAUUCACAACAACAAUAUAAUAGAAGUUUUUCUCAUAAUUAUUCAUUGUUUUUAUUGUUACUAAUGUUUACUUUCAAAUAA